UCACACCUUCUUCCCUUCCGCUUUCGGAUUCUCCAGUUUUCCCUCUUCACCCCCCGGCGUUUUGACUAAAACGGGUGAAAACAGGUUCGACCUCGACACACGCCGGUGCCUCGAACGCGCGCACACGUCGUCGUCUACGCGUUUUCCUCCUCCUCCUUCUCCUUUUUUGCAUACUCAUCCUCUUCUACCACCACCACUACUCUACUACUACUACUACUACUACUACUACUACUACUACUAAUAUUACCAGCACCACCGACCAAGUCGAGACCGACCGGAUUUGGUUGCAGUCGCUCUUCGAGCCGUGAGCAGGGCCGAUAUCUGCUCUAACUUACCUGGACAUACUCUAGUUUUGACAUUUGACUAUUGCUGUUUGGGUUCCGUCCAAAGGCAUCCUUGCUGGAACGUGCCAAUGUCGUCUGCUACCAUGCGACUGGCGGAAGCAUGCAGCAGAAGCCACUGAGAGAACUCGGCCGAUUGUGCCUUGGUACAGAACAACAAAGUAACGUUGUGACAGCUGAAGUAUGCACCGAGACACGAGGUGGACUUCCACUAUUGCAAGUAUGGCCAAGCGAUUCACCGAGAUACGAGGCGGAUAGCCAGGAACAAGCAUUUGUUUUCCCAGAUGCUCAAGAAAACGUUAACGAUAGUGGAAUCGAAUCCAUCCAGGCAUCUCCGUCACCGUGUAAAGCAGCUUGCAACAGUCCAGCAACGACACCACAACAAUCUCGUCGUGCUAGUCUCUUGCAUCCAGAUCACGCGAGGUUGCACCUGCAACAUUUACAUCAUAAUCACCAUAACUUAGGAUCAAAGAGUCCUCCGACUCAAGAGAGAACUUCGAUCGACGAAGACCCACCCUCGGUACCACCGAGCCCUUCCAGUACGACGACGAGUAGUCUCCGAUCGAUGCCGAGUUCAGCGAUCGCAUCGAUGCAUUCUCAAGACAGACGGCGUAGUAGCAGAUAUAGCAUGUUCGAUGCUGUGGAUUUGGAGUAUGCUCUUUUGAGAGCUGCUGCUAGGGGUUCAGUAGGACCCUACUCCCUUUCAGAAUCCCUUCAUAAAUUGACGUUCACACAAAGUCUUGCUUUUCCUAACUUGGCACGUGGCUUAGCUUCAAAACAAAGCGUACCCACGAGAAGACCUCAACAACAUGCAGAAAGUGGACUAAACGUCUUCGCUAAGGUUGUUACUGCACUUGUACUAAUGCUGGUCAGCGUGUUGGUGUUCGGUGUUGUCUACAAAUUUGCCAGAACGUGAGGAUGGCUAUUGGUACCCGAUCGACAUCCUGGUUCCACUCAGGAUUUUAAUCGGCCGGGUGCCAACGAGCCUUACGACGGUAAUGCCUGAUCAAUUUCUAUGUCAAAAGUCUGCCAAAAAUUGUCGUUUCUUUCACUAAUAUUCCCUAGUAACAAAAGAUAUUGAGAAUACAUGUGUAUUUAAUAUUUAAAAAGAGAUAUUCAAUGUACUUGUUAAUGUCUUUUUAAUAUUAAAUACAAUAUUUUGUUCUACUAGGAGUUCUUUUUUUUUUUUUAACAAACUUUAACUUUACUUUGUCAUAAAGAUUCGAGGUAGAACAAAAUUGGCGAACUUUUGACAUAAUAAUUCAGGCAUUUAAUCGUAUCCAGAAGGCCUUUUUAGGAAAUCAAAUUGAUCGGUAUGACCGAUUUAUCAAUCUUUCGUGCAAAACAAAAUAACAAAUUCUAGUCGAUUAUAGAUAAGAUUAGAGGAUUAAUAUCAUUCGUGAACAAAAUUCAAGGGUAUAUUCUCUUGGAAUUGUGUCGAAUGUGUAUGACAAAUAAUAAUCAAGAAAGAUUUCACAGGAUCCUUGAAUGAAAAUGAUUCGUGUCCUUAGUCAAGGACGAUGCGUAUGCUCUAGUUUUUUUUUUCUCUGUUUUUUUUUUUUUUUUUUUUUUCUUCUUUUUCAUCGAUUCGAUACCAGGUUCUGGUAAUUACAAGUCCUUCCCUUUCUUGGUUAGUGAAUUUUUGUAUAUAUAUAUAUAUAACAAAUUGAG